UAUCUAAAACCCAUACAAUAAGCCGUAGACACAAUGACAACAUAUUCCAUAAGCUUGGAUGACGUGGACCUGGCGCUGUUGCCUCUGCGCACACACUCAUACAACAACUUCUUGAAGAAGGAUAUCUACCAGUUCCAAGUGAUGAAGACUGUAUCAUCUGAAGCGCCAGAGCCCCCUAUUUUCUACACGUGCCACAUAUGUGCGAUCGAAGUACCGGCAGCGUUCGCGAGCGAACACGCCGCGAGCCAAAAACAUCAAGCUAACGUUCGCAUAGCGAGCGUAGCGGCGGAGCGUAUGCGCGCGUUCAUCUCCACUCUCCCCCCAACGCACGCUACUAAGCCAUGUGCACGCUUCUGCGUAAACUGCUCGAAGGAGGCUGGUGAGGACCACGAAAAGACAAAUGAACAUCGCGCCGCUGUGAUGCUCGAUAGCUUGCUAUGGGAUCUGAUGAAAGCAUACGUUCAAGAUCAUGAUGAAUCAAAAUGUAAUAGUGAGAUACAUGUUAAACAAACAAAUGUAAGUAAUAACAGCAAAAUCAACGAUCAUAAACAGGAUGAAGUAAAUACUAAUCAAAUAAAAGGAAACGAUAAAAAUAAUAACGAUUUAGAUGACAACAACAGUCAACCAAUGGAACUAAUAGAAGAGAUAGUAGAACAAGAGGGAAAACUAGUUGAGAAAAUUUGUGAACUUAAUGAUAAUUCAGGUAACUCUAGUGAAGAUAAUAUGAUAGUUAACGUCAUUGAAAAUAUAGACAUGAACAACAAAAUUGAAGAAAAAACAAGUAAGGAACAUAUUUUGAUACACGAAAAAGAUGACUAUGGAGAAGAGUUACGAAAAUUUAUAAAUGAUAAAAGUUCAUUUGAGUACAAGGAGUUAGUUAAAAUAAGUAUAAAAUUAAACGAUUACAUAAUAAACAAUAUUGAUAGUGAUCAUUACCACAGCUAUGACAGAACGUGUGACGAUGGCAGUUUAAAUUGUAUAGUGUGCGAUUGUGUUCUCAAUGAUAAAGACGCUGAAGCCCAUAAAUAUGAUUUGGAACAUGUGCGUCGAGUUGCUAACUUGGGAAACGAUGGUCAUUACAUAAGAGAGAUAAACGAAUUCUACAGUCAUUGUAUUCUAUGUAAUCUAAAAAUACAAAAUAUAGACUUAGAAUCACACAAGCAAUCAGCAACUCACAACGUAAAAGAAUAUUUGUACACUAACACACGUUCUGGUAUUAUCAAGGAACACAGAGAAGCGGUGUGCAAUGUAAAACUGGAAGAACUUAGUGAUAAUGAUAAUAAUGAAGAACUCGGCCUUAACGAGGCAUAUAGUGAACAUUAUAGCCUUGAGGAAUACUUUAUAUUUAGUUUUGAUGAUAACUCGGAGGAAUACAGUGAAAAUGAAGAAACCGACGACAGCCUGGAGAAAUACUGUGAAAAUAAUGAACUCAAAAUGUUAUUCGAGGAACACAGUGAAGAUGAAGAACUCGAACAUAACCCGGAAGAACACAUUGAAAAUGAAAAACCCAGUAACAAAUUAGAGGCACCGUGCGAAAACUCAAAUGAUUACCUGGAGCAAUACUGUAAACAUGAAGAAUCUAAUGCUUGCCUGGUAGAAUACAACACUAAAGAACCCGUUGGCAAUUUUAAGGAAAAUAGUGAAAAUGAAAAACCUGAAGAUAAUACAGAGGAAUAUAGCGAAAAUGAAGAAAUUGAUGAAGAAGGGAAUUGCAGGGAUAAUGAAGAGCCCAUACAUAACAUGGAGAAGAACUGUGAGAAUGAAGGACUCAAUAAUUAUAACCCGAAUAAACGCAAUAUAGAAGAGGAACCUGAUGAUAACUCAAAGGACUGCAGUGAUAAUGAAGAAUUUGAUUAUAACUCGAAGGAAUACAGUGAAAAUGAAGAAUCCGAAGAUAACUGGAAAGACUUAAGUGACAACCUUGACAAAUUAACAGAUGACAUCACUAACAAUAUUAUGGUAAAAAUCGAACAACUAACAACGGAACCGAAAGAAUACAAAAUAGGAAUCAAACGAGAGGAAAUUAAGAAAAAUAUAGUCAAAUAUGACUCACAGAAAUAUGCAGAAGAACUACGCAAAUAUAUAGACGAUAAAGACUCUUUCGAAUUCAAAGAGACUUAUAUUAUGGCACAAAUAAAGAUAAAAGACAGUAUUUUAAAAACGUAUAGUGACCAUUUCCACGGUUAUAACAGACUGAGCGACAAAGGCACAAUAAAAUGUAUGGUUUGCGAUUCGGUUUUCGAUGAGGAACAUGGUGAUGAUCAUAAAUUUGAUUCGAAACAUAUGCGGAAAAUCGCGAACUUAGGAGAAGAUGGUCAUUACAUUAGAGAGAUCAACGAAACACACAGUCACUGUAUUUUGUGCAAUUUGAAAAUUGAAAACAUAAACGUGGCAACACACAAGGAGUUGUUUUCUCAUAAAUUUGGUAAAAGAUUGUUUACUAGGAGCGCUACUACAAAUGUUAUUGAAGACGUCAUUGCAAGAGACGGCACCGAAAUACAACAUAGCCCCUCAGUAAUCAAUCAAUCGUUCAAGGAUUGUGAAUCUAAUUGUCAUACCGAAAAUCAUGAUGCGGAUCAAGAGUUAAAAGUUGAGAAUGAUGAAAUCAACCAAGUUAAUACAAGCACAACAAGCACUGACGAACUUAAUAGUAUUCAAUCAACGAAAGAUCAGAACGUUCUAGUGACUAACAAUGAUGUAGAAACUGUCGCAGCUAAAGUUGCGAUAGAAAAUUGCACCAGCCCCUAUGACCUAAUAAAAGCAGUAAACAAUUUUGAAACUAACAAUCAUCAUGAUAUAAAAGAUUAUGGAAAUGAACUUCGUCAAUUUAUAGAUAGUAAAUGCAAUUUCGAGUUCAAUGAAAGGUCAAACGUGAUACGUAUAAUGAUGAAUGAUGAAAUAAUAAGUAUUUACAGUGAUCAUUUUCACAGUUUUGAUAGGACGUAUUACGGCAGAAGAUUGAAUUGCAUAGUUUGUGAUUGCAUUUUAGAAUUUGAAGAGGCUGAGCAACACAAAUACGAUCCGAAACAUAUGCGUAGAGUCGUGAACUUAGGAAAUGAUCAACAUUAUCUAAGAAAGAUCGACGAAUCACAUAGCCAUUGCAUUCUAUGCAACUUGAAGAUUAAAAACGAAAACCUGGACAAGCACAAGCGUGUCCUACUUCACACUAUAAAGAAAGAUCUCUACACCAGCAAGACCGAAAAUACAAAAAAGGAAGUCGAAAUUGAAAAACCUGAUAGUGAAAUUCAAGAUGGCGAUCGAGUAUCUAAAGAGAAAAAUAUUACUAAUGCUGUAGGUCCGAUUAAAACGAUUGAUACGAUCGUUGGUAUCAAAAUUGAACAUCCGUAUGAAGUAACAGCGACAGGGACACUGCGUUGCAUGGUUUGCGAUUGCCAAGUGCCGAACGGUGUCCAAAACAGAGAAGAGCAUGUCAGGGGUUUGAGGCAUCGUAAUCUGAUUUGGCAUAGAUAUGCAUAGUUCAACCGAUACAUAUUGUCUUC